GCCCGCUCUGCUCUCUCCCUCUCGCUUUCGCCGAAACCUGAGCGCUCCUAAAAAGCGAAGCCCCAAUCCCUCGAUCGAAACCCCUCCCUCUCUUCCACAAAACCCUACCUUUCUGCGCGACGCCAGACCCGUGUUUUCCCCCAGUCGCGUCUCGUUGGCUCAGAUCUCGCUCCAUUUGUGAUCUCGCUGCCGACCGCUGUUGCCUCAGCCUCAUUGUACCUUAGAUUGACCCCCAUUUGAGCUCCUAACGUCGGAUCUAGGCCGCCUCGGGCCAUGGCGAGAGCGUGUUUCUUGAUCUCUUUGGUCGUCGCGAGCUGCUUGGUGUGGAAAGCCCACUCGUUCGCGCUCUCCGCGAAACUCGUCCACAGGUUCUCUGAUGAGGCGCGGGCCGCGGCGGCGUCCCGCAUCGGCGGAGGAGGCGGGGAGCGGUGGCCGACGCGGCGAAGCAAGGAGUACUACCAGAUGCUGGCGAGGAGCGAUCUCCUGCGGCGGAAGCGGCGGCUUGGUGCCCGGUACCAGAUGUUGUUCCCCUCCGAGGGGAGCGAGACGUUGUCGCUUGGAAAUGACUUCGGAUGGUUACACUACACAUGGAUCAAUAUAGGAACUCCUAAUGUUUCCUUUCUUGUCGCUUUGGAUGCUGGAAGUGACCUGCUUUGGAUCCCAUGUGAUUGCAUACAAUGUGCUCCUUUGUCUGGUUAUCAUGGCAGUUUGGAUAAAAAUCUCAGCAUGUAUAGUCCAGCUGAAUCGAGAACCAGCAGAUAUCUCUCAUGCAAUCAUGAACUAUGUAGUUUGGGUUCAACCUGUGGCAGUGCAAAACAGCCUUGCCCUUACAGGAUAAACUACUAUUCAGAAAAUACAUCCAGUUCAGGUUUGUUGGUUGAGGAUAUAUUACACUUGGCAACUAGUGAGGAUCACGCAUCAGUGCAGGCUUCGGUCAUCAUAGGAUGUGGUAGAAAGCAGAGUGGUGAUUAUUUGGAUGGAAUUGCUCCUGAUGGUCUUCUGGGUUUGGGAUUUGGAGACAUUUCGGUUCCAAGCUCCCUUGCAAGAACUGGACUGAUACGAAACUCUUUUUCCUUGUGCUUCCGGGAUGAUGACUCUGGAAGAAUUCUAUUUGGAGAUCGAGGCUUGCCCACCCAACAGUCUACACCAUUUGUUCCCUUGGAUGGAAAAUACGACACUUAUGUCAUUGCGGUGGAGAGUUUCUGUAUGGGAUCUUCAUGUCCUGGGAAAACCAGCUUUCAUGCACUAAUUGACAGUGGAUCAUCCUUCACCUUUCUUCCUAACGACAUCUAUAAGAGAGUCACUCUGGAGUUCGACAGACAAGUUAAUGUCUCAAAGCGUGCCACUAAUAAUGAAUCUCCUUGGGAAUACUGUUAUGAAGCCAGCCCUCUUGGGAUGCCUGGUCUGCCAAAAGUAAAACUAAUAUUUGGUGGAAACAAGAGCUUCAUGGUUAUCAAUCCUAUUUAUCCUUUCUAUAAUACAGAGGGAGAACUUGCUGUGUUUUGCUUAGCUCUUCAGUCAUCUCAAGAAAGUCUUGGCACCAUAGGACAGAAUUUUAUGACGGGAUAUCAUUUGGUAUUCGAUAGAGAGAACUUGAAGCUGCGAUGGUCACGAUCUGAUUGUCAUCAUGAUCUUGACAACAGCAGGAGGAUGCCAUUGGGUUCACCACCAUGUAACAGGCCUGAGAAUCCUUUGCCGACGAACGAACAACAUAGCUUUCCUAACAAUGCCCGUGCCAUUUCUCCUGCGGUUGCCGGGCGGGCUCUCCCUGCUAACUCAUCGUCUGUUUCCCAAGGGUUGAAUGCCUGGUACUGUCUGUUGUUGCUACUGACUCAACUCGCUGUAUUUGCCAUCGGGUGAUAGUCUUGGAUCUAAAAUACAUAAAUAGUGUUGUAAAUCUCGGUUCAUGGCUUUCCGUUAUCCAAUGUGUUUUUGUGGUCAUUGGAUUCUUGGGGCUGUUGUCCACUAUAUUCUCCAUUAAGUGUCUCUGUUAUCAAUUCACAUAUUGCCUGGUGGAUGAUACUAAUUCACAUGUUCACAUGUUGGGGUUGGGUAGUGAGAGAUGAAAAAUCCGAAAUCAAAUAGAGAAAUUUAUCAGAGAUUAAUAAUUAAAAGAAUAUAUCAGAAAUUAAUACAAGAUUUAAUAUUAUUUGAUAAAUCUUGUUUAUCUUCACAAAAAGUUAGUCCGGAUAUUAUGUCUUUUGAUAUUAUUGUUAUUGUUUGCACUUGUUAGUUUUAUUGGCAAAUUCUCACUGAUUUAGAUUAAUAGCUGAAGCAAUUGAAGUCACUGAGCGCCCGAUAAGUGGGCCGGACGGGCGUGUUCAACCGGAUGCGGCCCAGGAGCCCGUCUGAUUAAGGUUUGGUCUAGCCCAAGUCAAGUCAAUUUGGAUCUCUGGUUCGAUUGAACCAGAUGAGAACGGCAUCCUCAACUUCGCACCCGUGCCCUAAACGUCAGAGGUGAAACUGUCUCCUUCUCCACAGCGACCGCGACUGCGGCGUUUUCCUUGGCGAAAGGCGGCAGCAGCGGUGGCAUCUUCCUCCAUCGAGCUCUUAUCGCUGCGGCGUUUUCCUCGGCAAACGGUGGAUGCUGCGGUUUCCUCUCCGUCGGCGAACGGUGACGGCGCCCGGUAUCUCUCUCUUACACAUUCUCCUCCUCCUCUUCCUCCUUCGCCUGUUACACAAUCCCUUCCCCUCCCUCCUCUACACCCCGCUUCGCCCUCUCUAUACAUCUUCCCCUCCCCUUUCCUACUCCCUGAUAGUUACCCGCUACCCUCCGAACAAACGGUCAGCAUCUUGCCAUGAGCAUACUUUAAAGAAAUAGCAAGUCACAGUAUGCAAGUUAAAUACGGUUGUUAAGAUAGACAGCAGGAGAAGUGCUGCUUUUACAGAGAGCAAAGAGAAUUGGGGAAGUCUUAGAGAAAAGGAAAGCACGGAAAACAUAGAACAAGAGACUAUAAUUGGGUCACUGUCCAAAGAAAAUCAUAAUUAUUUGUCAAUAGAAUCAUGCACAAGUCUGACUAUUCCUCAUGUGAAGCAUUUUAAUUAAAAAUAUACCUAAGAUAAUACUAAUCUGACUAGGUUUCCCAAAAGAAGCUCUCUCAACAGAAACUGCUUAUUUUGCUGAAGCGUUUGGUUCAUCAAACCUCUUAGUUUUCUUAUUAUGUUUACUGCAUUGCAGUUUCCUUUUCAAGCACAUCAGAAAAUUUCAACACAAAACCCCAAAUGAUACAAAGGACUCGACUCAAUAUAAAGGACAAGUUGAGUCAACAACUAGAAUUUGACUUGAUUUCCAAACCCGAAAAUAGACUCAAAAUCUCAAUGUAUUUGGUUAGGUAUAACCUUACACCUUGACGUCAGCAUAGCGUGUUCUCUGCUGUAGUGCUGAAAGCAACUAUCUUCGCUACUUGAGGCUAGUUCAUACCUCAAAACACAAAGGCCUGCCUAUAUUUGGAUUGUUAAAUCUUGUAUUUGCUGGUUUAAUUGGUGAUUUGAAGGAGAUUUUGCAGGUGACAAUAGAAAGAGAUAUUAAUGCUCUUAAUUUAACUACAGAUAUUUUCUUAUUCAGAGUUCAAUGAUGCAAAAGAUCCAUAUGGAUGAUCAUGAAUUGUUUGAACAUCAUGGCUUCUGUUAUUAUUUUGGUCGUUUGCACAUGCUGGUUUUAUUGUCAAAUUCUCACUGAUAUAGGCUUUUUUAUUCUUCAUUAAUGAUAUGUAGCUGACGCAACAUAUAAUUUUUUAACUGUAGUUGAAGUUAUUUACAUGAGCAGUCUUUCUCAUAAAUUAAUUUCCUUUAUCAGCAAAGAACCAAAUAAACUAGUAGCAUUUCUUGAUUGAGGCAGUUUUCUUAUCUCUUUAUUCAUUUUUCAGAAUAUUUAUUGCCUUUCUCUGGUCUUCCAGCUAUGUUUUUUUUUUUCUGUCAAGUUGCUCAUCAUCAUCAACAAUGCCUUUUUUAGCAUGUUGAACCUCACAAAUUACUGUUGUUAAUUAAUUCAACAGUAUCUUUUCUACUUACCAGUCUUGCAAGACUUAUAACUAGAUCAUCUCUCUACAUUCUUGAUGAAAUGGAUCAAUUAUUCUGGAAGUGCUCAUUUGAAAUGUUCCAGGUUUUAGUUAUAGGACAUUGCUGAAUCUGAUGUUAGAGAAAACAUUAUGCAUCUUCCUGUUAUUCUGAAUUCUUUAGUACCAUUUGCAAGUUGUUGAUGUUCAACCUACAAGUAUAAACAUGAGCAUCGUCUGUAUACGAUCAACAUGGGAUAUAGGAUGCUUGGUAGUGUAUGAAUGCACCAACUACAAUCGAAAAAUAAGUGGAAGAUUGUGUUUGUGUGCUGUUGUUAUAUGAUGCCAUUAUUUCAGUGGUGGAGAAUUGCUUGGAUGUGAGCAUGAUAAUAAGUAACUAAUCAUAGGUACUCUUUAUCAACUCUCAAACACCAUUUAGAGACUUAUCUCUGAAAGAAAUGGCUGAUUGGAACUGAAUGCAUGUGGAUUAACAUGAGUGGUAAAGGAAUGUUGUCUGAGACAGAUGAUUAGUUGAAAGUUUUCAACAUCCUUGAUUUGAGGUAGAAGAGGAAUUUGGACUUGGAGAGGGCAGAAAUAAGAUUACUUUUCUUGUAUUUUUCUGCAAACGGUACAGGAUACUGCCUCAAAAGACUAAUGUUUUCGGUGCAGAAGAGGCUCGUGUGCCUUCUCUCUUGUAACAAGUCCAACAUCCAUCUUUCCUCCUCUCAACUCUGCAGUCUGUUUAGCUUUUCCACUGCCGAAGAGCACAGUUUAAAUCAUAGAUCCAACUUUACGUUGGUCGACCCCCUUGAGUCAUGUGAACUUUCCUCAAAAGAGGCUGCAAAAAGGGCCAAGGAUGGCAUCUGUGAAAAAGAACUUUCAAGUUCAAGUCUUUCCAUUGAGUUCUUUAAGCAGAGCGGUUGGAGUGAUGCACAAGUCUUGAAGCUUACCCAGAGGGAACCCAGGUUUCUACGUGCUAACUUAGAGACUGUCCAGAAGCCGAAGAUAAGAUCUUUGCAGGACAUGAGAUUUUCUGACACUGAAAUAGUUCAGCUGGUUUCAUCAUGUCCGGGUCUGCUCCAUUUUCGUGAGAUAUCCAACCAAGGAUCAACUUCUGGAGGUCACUUCUUGGUUCUAAUGAGAGGUUAAUUAAGGCCUGCAGGAGGAACAUGUUUCUCCUUACUUCUAGCUUGGCUCAAAAGAUUGAGCCCAAUAUAUCUCUCUUGAGGGAAUGUGGCAUCAGUGAGCAAAACAUCGCGCAGAUGGUAGUGAGACUACCAAGUUUUUUAUGUCAUACAGAAAAAUGUAUCAAGGAAGCGAUCAAACAUGUUGAGGAGUUGGGUGUGUCACGUGACUGUAAAACGUUCCCUCGUGCACUUUUAACAGUCGUGACCCUUAGCAGGUCCAGGCUUGAUGCUACCUUUGCAACCCUGAUCAGCUAUGGGUGGUCCCAACCAGAUUGCGUUGCUGCAUUCAGGAAGCAUCCAUCCAUUUGGUCUUUGUCAAAGAAGACCUUAUGUGACAAGAUGACAUUCCUGAUGAAGGAAGCUGGUUGUGAGCUGACAUAUAUCAUUUGCCGUCCGGUGCUUCUUACAUAUAGCUUGGAGAAGAGGUUGAGACCUCGAUAUGAAGUUCUGAAUUUUCUUGAUCCGAAUAAAUUGCUGGAUAAAGGACAUGACCUGCUAUCUGUCAUCCUGCUAUCUGAAGAGACGUUCAGAAACAAAUUCCUUUUCCUGCUACCCAAGGAGAAAUUUAUUGCUCAAUAUGAUUCCUAUGUUGCUGCUGUGCGGGGAAAGCACCACGUUGUUGUGGAAAACUAGGAUUGCAAGUGCUUCCUCGAGACAAAAGUGUAAACCUAAUGCAUGCUGACCUAAACUUAAUCAUUUUACAUUUGUGACAAUUUAAAUUCUCCAAGAGUUUAUUAGAGUAGAACUUCCAUGUUGAUUUU